UAAAACCCUAUAUAUAUGUAUCUAUGUUAAUGGAAGACUCACACAUAAGAGAGAGAGAGAGAUGGGUUUUAGUGAGAAGCAAGAAACAUUGGUAAAGGAAUCAUGGGAGGUGAUGAAGGAAGACAUUCCAGCUUAUAGUCUCUAUCUUUACACAAUGAUAUUGGAGAUAGCCCCUGAGGUGAAAGGACUGUUUUCAUUUCUGAAAGAUACUAAUGAACUUCCCAAAAAUAACCCCAAGCUCAAGUCUCAUGCUGUUAAAGUCUUCAAGAUGGUAUGUGAGGCAGCAAUUCAACUGAGGGAGAAAGGAGAAGUUGUGAUUUCUGGGUCCACACUCAAAUAUUUGGGAUCUGUUCAUCUUCAGAAACAAAUUGUUGAUCCUCAGUUUGAGGUGGUGAAAGAAGCAUUGAUAAGAACAGUGGAGAAAGCCAUGGGGGAGAAAUGCAGUGAAGAGAUGAAGGAUGCUUGGCGUGUAGCUUAUGAUCACUUGGCUGCUGCAAUCAAAGCUGAAAUGAAACAACAAGCUGCAGCUUUAAGUGUUUAAACCCACAUUAAUUAAUUAAUUAAUUAAUGAUCUUCUAAUAAAUUAAUUGCAUGAAUUCUGCUAGCUAUUCAUACAUAUAAAUGUAUGGCUCUUUUUUACAUGUAACAAGGCCUAGCUAGUAAUAUGAGUGUGUGAUAAAUCUUGUUUUAAACAGUCUUGAAUAAAUAAUAUUGUUAUUUGUUUGUUGUAUUUA